UCUCGUACGGCGAUGGUGGCGUCGACCGGCACACUUCGGCCGACGGACACACAGCGAAUAUGAUAUCGCCGUAAUAAUAUUAUGUGGAAACGCUUUUCGGCGACGACAAAAACGAGGAAAACAAUACGGACGAGACCGCAUCGGAUUAUAAAUUGGUCAUCAGAGCAGAGAGCUACGAGUCAAAACGACGCAGUACUGAAUUCAAAUUAUAUAGUGGGUGUCUGACACAUUCUUUGUAUGAGUACUCAGCACCUCCUCCACUAAAUAAAUUUUGCAGCACAAUCACGUUCUUCUAUCAAAGUCGUGAACAAUAAUCUCAAUCAACGAAAACAGCACUAUUUAAGAGUUGGCACUAUCCAUUCGUCAUUGUUAUAGUGACACGAAUCGAAUAAACAAGAAACAUGAAACGGCAAAACGUGCGCACGCUGUCCCUGGUAGUUUGCACAUUCACGUACUUACUAGUAGGCGCAGCAGUAUUCGAUGCAUUAGAAUCGGAAACCGAGAGAAAAAGAUGGAAUCACCUUUUAGAACUAAAAGCAGCUUUGGUGAGAAAAUACAGCAUAAGCGAAGAUGAUUACAGGAUGAUGGAGGUUGCCAUCAUCGAGAACAAACCUCAUAAAGCUGGACCACAGUGGAAAUUUGCAGGCGCAUUUUAUUUCUCCACAGUCGUUUUGGCAAUGAUAGGUUAUGGUCACUCAACACCAGUAACAAUUGGUGGCAAAGCAUUUUGUAUGGCAUACGCUAUGGUGGGCAUACCAUUAGGACUUAUUAUGUUCCAGAGUAUUGGUGAACGUUUAAAUAAAUUUGCGUCCGUAGUUAUUAGGAGGGCCAAACAGUAUUUAAAAUGUAAAAAGGAAGAAGCUACGGAAAUGAAUCUAAUGUUCGCCACUGGACUUCUUUCGUCGGUCAUCAUCACCACUGGUGCGGCCGUGUUUUCAAAAUACGAAGGAUGGAGCUAUUUCGAUAGUUUUUAUUAUUGCUUUGUUACGCUCACCACCAUCGGUUUCGGAGAUUAUGUCGCACUACAGAACGAUCAAGCCUUGACGACAAUGCCAGGGUACGUUGCACUUAGUUUGGUGUUCAUUUUGUUUGGACUAGCUGUCGUUGCUGCCAGCAUCAAUUUGUUGGUACUGCGUUUCAUGACUAUGUGA